AAAGUUAUGGUGUUUAAAUUAAAAUAUAGGAAAGUUCAGGGUCUCCCUUUCUGUUUUGAAAAGACUUUUUCUCUUCUCGUCUCCGUGAAAGAUGUGGGUGGAGAGCUAAAGUGCUAAACCAUUCAUAAUCCGACAUGUAACCGAGCCACGUAUUUAGAACUCUCGAUCCACCGUUCGUAUUAAUUUGUGAUUAAAUCGACAAUCCAGAUCACGCCAUGUCAUUGUUUUAUUUUACUUUAUUUUCUCUCUUUUCUGUAUCUUCUUCUCUAAGGGAAAAUAAAUUAUGAGCAAAUCCCUUUAAUAACAGAGCAAGCACUUCUAAGAUCAAAGCUUCAAGUGAAAGAAGAAAACAAAAAAAUGGCGAAAUCUCAGAUCUGGGUUGGUUUUGCAUUUCUCGCGUUGCUUCUGGUGUCAGCCAUAGCAGACGAUGUUGUUGUUUUGACGGACGAUAGCUUCGAGAAGGAGGUCGGUAAAGAUAAAGGAGCUCUUGUCGAGUUUUACGCUCCCUGGUGUGGCCACUGCAAGAAACUUGCUCCAGAGUAUGAAAAGCUUGGGGCAAGCUUCAAGAAAGCCAAGUCAGUCUUAAUUGCAAAGGUGGAUUGUGAUGAGCACAAGACUGUGUGCACUAAAUACGGUGUUAGUGGAUACCCAACCAUUCAAUGGUUUCCUAAAGGAUCCCUCGAACCCCAAAAGUACGAGGGUCCACGCAAUGCGGAAGCAUUGGCUGAAUAUGUGAACAAGGAAGGAGGUACCAACGUGAAAUUAGCUGCAGUUCCACAAAACGUGGUUGUGAUAACACCUGAUAACUUCGAUGAGGUUGUUCUGGAUCAGAACAAAGAUGUCUUGGUCGAGUUUUACGCGCCAUGGUGUGGUCACUGCAAGUCCCUCGCUCCUACAUACGAAAAGGUAGCUACGGUGUUUAAGCAGGAAGAAGGUGUAGUCAUCGCCAACUUGGAUGCUGAUGCACACAAAAGCCUCGGCGAGAAGUAUGGAGUGAGUGGAUUCCCAACAUUAAAAUUCUUCCCAAAGGACAACAAAGCCGGUGUAGAUUAUGACGGCGGCAGGGAAUUAGAUGAUUUUGUAAGCUUCAUCAAUGAGAAAGUUGGGACCAGCAGAGACAGUAACGGGCAGCUUACUUCAGAGGCGGGUAUAGUUAAAAGCUUAGAUGCAUUGGUAAAAGAGCUGGUUGCAGCAAGUGAGGAUGAGAAGAAGUCAAUCUUGUCUCGCAUCGAAGAAGAAGCUAGUAACCUUAAGGGCUCCACAGCAAGGUAUGGAAAGCUUUACUCGAAACUCGCAAAGAGCUACAUAGAGAAAGGUUCAGGGUAUGCUAGCAAAGAAGUCGAGCGGCUUGGACGCGUCCUUGGCAAGUCAAUAAGUCCGGUGAAAGCUGAUGAGUUCACUCUCAAGAGAAAUAUCCUGAACACGUUCGUUGCUUCUUCUUAGAAGCCAACGUUUGGAACCUGAGAGAAUAGGAGUCGCUACACUUUGAUAAUUAAUACACGAUUUGUAGAAUCCGUGUUUUGGAGGUUUUAUGUCUAUCGAGACUUGUGGUUUGUUCUCAAACUCUUUUGAACAAAGGUUUCUUUUGUCUUUUUUUUGGGUAAACCAGCGACGAUAAUCAUAUAUUUUAUUCUCUUUCUUCUCAGUAAACAUUAAUGGUUUUAAGAGCACAUCAUCAUCCCCAUUUCUGGCUGCACAUCAAAAAUAUCCCAAAACAUUAAAAUAUUUCGGAUAGGAUGUAAUUAAUAUUUUUCGUUGCGUAAACAGUGAGACUGCUGCCUUGAACAACAAAACUCGUCGGAAAAAUAAAAACAAGUUACAAUCGAUGAACAAUCUGACAACAUUUAUUCCUAAUCCACCGGAAUCCAUCCUUGAGAGUCGAUUUAACUUUGCCUUCAGUCGUAUAAGCUUUAUACCUCGCGAUUCUCUUCUUCCUCUUCGUCUCUGCAUCGGUUAAAUCCCAAGACAGCGCGGAGCUCCUAAGCGCCUUUACUUUCACCGGAGGAGACGGCGGUGACAUAGGAGAACCCCGAGUCCCGUAGAGCUGAUUACUUCCUCCCACGCCGUAACCCUUAGCGCUUCUCCCAUCGACGGUGUAAGUUCUCUGACCUGCACCGUACCCAUACCCAUCCUGGCCGGCCAUUUCCCCUGACGCUGGAGCUCCGUCCGAUUUGAGAUCGGACUUGCGAUCAAAGUGCAAAUGAUCAAACAAAACAAAAAACUCACCACUCUUAUUUGG